ACAGACGUACAUGCUGUCUUGCCGCACAUGCGCACUCGGGGCUCCGAGCAGAGGAGAGCACACACACACACACAUGCAUGCACGCGCCUGCAGCCACACUGCCUGAUUAGCUUGCGAGAGCUGUCUACAGCAUCCAGAGAAAUGGCGCAAGAGGCAGAGCAUUGGAGGAGGAAGAGCAGCCUGAAGCAGCAGGAUUAGACCUCUGGCUUUUUUUUGGCCAGCUGAUGCAUGGACUGAUUUGGAGCCGGGGCGCUGGGCUACAGAACCAUCAGGGAGGCACAGCCUGGCUGACUGUGGUGGCUGCCUGUGUGGUGUUGAGAUGGAGUUGAUGCACGAGUAGGACUGGGCCGGGCCUCUGGAUCAGUACCGUGGGGGAGGGGCAGACGACGCAGGGAGAGAGGGAGCGUGUGUUUUUCCAGACCACAGCUCUGGUGUGAUUCUUCAGCCUGACCGUCUGCUACAGGCCUGCCUGCAUCCCCUUCUGUCUCUUUCUCGCUCUCUCUCUGUCUCCCUCUCCAUCCUUGUUUUCCUCUUUUCCUGUCCUCAUCUGUUUCCCUCUCCCGCAUGUUCCUGCUGCCACCCGAGCUCACUUCACCUCCAUCAUUUCAUACUACAGUCAUCUUCAUGCUCUACAUACACCACCAUCUCCUGAUUCCGCUCACCUCCAUCAUCUGAAUUUUUCUCAUUGUUGUUUGUCAAGCAGCUCAGCUCCCACAGUGUCAUCUUUCCGUUUACAUCUUUCUCGCAUUGCCACUCAUCUCCUCUAUCGCCGCUUCUCUGUGCCCUUCAGACGGUACCUCGCUCCCUCUCCCCCUCUGUUUUCCUCCACAUUUCCUCCUUCCACCUCGACCCUGCAGUGACUGUGGAUUUGGGUCAGUUUGCUCAGCAAAUGGGAUAGGAUGUAGUCUCCACAGCAGCCGGUUCCAGGGGGUUCCUGGUCUGCCCAUCGGGGGACCCUCAUCUUUGGACCACACUAAGGCUGGAGCCUGACUCUGGACUGACUGGGUGGCCUGCUUUGGGGUGCUGCAUGUAGACAAGGACAGUCUGCAUCAGCAGCCCCUACCCUCGCCCCCUUCCCCUGUUCCUUCGCCCCUUCUCGGGGCAGCCGUCACUCUGGAGUGUCCCGGCUUGACUGGCUGUGGCCUCUCCCCACACACCCGGACGACGCCCUCAUGCCACUGGGGCACCUGCAGCGCCCCUGCCCCGCUCCACUACCGCACCUCCUGCCUGUGUCAUCGGCCCAAACCUCCCGUCACCCUCAACAUGGGUGUGGUGGAGGCCAUUGAACCCGUGCCAUCCUCCUGCCCCUCACCUGUGCCGGGGGGCUACAGGCUGCCCCGCUCCUCCAGCUACAGCCCGCUGCAGGGGAGGGCAGGGGCAGAGCUGGACCUCGGUGCGGCUGCCGGAGGGGUUCUGGAGGCGGGUGGGACAGCGGCAGAGCGCAGGACGCCGUUAGUGGACCUGUUCUGUGAGACCUGCUCCAGGCCCUGGCUCAUCGGCUGGUGGGACCAGUUCAAGAGGAUGUUGAACAGGGAGCUGUCCCAUUUGUCAGAGAUGAGUCGCUCAGGGAACCAGGUGUCAGAAUACAUCUCCACUACCUUUCUAGAUAAGCAGAACGAGGUGGAGAUCCCAUCCCCAACCUUGAGAGAGAGGGAGAAGCCCAUGUGUCACAUCAGUGGGGUGAAAAAGCUCACACACAGUUCCAGCCUUUCCAACUCCGCCAUGCCUCGUUUCGGCGUGAAGACUGAACACGAGGACGCAUUAGCCAGGGAGCUGAACGACUUGAACAAGUGGGGCCUUAAUAUCUUUCGUGUGGCAGAGUUCUCUAAUAACCGACCCCUCAGCUGUAUUAUGUUUGCCAUCUUCCAGGAAAGAGAUCUACUGAAGACAUUUCGGAUCCCCAUGGACACAUUUGUCACCUAUGUAAUGACCCUGGAGGACCAUUACCAUGCCAAUGUGGCCUACCAUAACAGCCUUCACGCUGCAGAUGUCACUCAGUCUACUCAUGUACUGCUAUCAACACCGGCUCUAGAUGCUGUGUUCACCGAUCUAGAGAUUCUAGCUGCGUUAUUUGCAGCUGCCAUCCACGAUGUGGACCAUCCAGGAGUGUCCAACCAAUUCCUCAUAAACACCAACUCAGAGUUAGCCCUGAUGUAUAAUGAUGAGUCCGUGUUGGAGAACCAUCACUUAGCUGUGGGCUUCAAGUUGCUUCACGAGGACAACUGUGACAUCUUCCAGAACCUCAGCAAGAGGCAGCGACAGAGCCUGCGAAAACUUGUCAUUGAUAUGGUUUUGGCAACAGAUAUGUCAAAACACAUGAGUUUGCUGGCAGAUCUCAAGACCAUGGUGGAAACCAAAAAGGUGACGAGUUCUGGAGUACUGCUGCUGGACCACUACACCGAUCGGAUACAGGUGUUAAGGAACAUGGUGCACUGUGCAGACCUGAGCAAUCCUACAAAACCCCUGGCUGUGUAUCGACAAUGGACGGAGAGAAUCAUGGAGGAGUUCUUCAGGCAGGGAGACAAGGAGAGAGAGCGAGGGAUGGAGAUCAGUCCUAUGUGCGAUAAACACACCGCUUCUGUGGAAAAGAGCCAGGUGGGCUUUAUUGACUACAUAGUCCACCCGCUGUGGGAGACAUGGGGCGACCUGGUGCACCCUGACGCCCAGGAGAUCCUGGACACUCUGGAGGACAACAGGGACUGGUACCAGAGCACGAUCCCACAAAGCCCGUCGCCGCCGCCUGUGAGCCAAGACAAGGAACUAAACGCCUGUUUGGACAAGUUUCAGUUUGAGCUCACCCUCGAAGACAGCUCUCAAACAAAUCAGGGAGAUGACGGCAACAAAGCCACGCCAAACCACGUGGCACAGGACUGCAGUCAGGGGGAGGAGGAAGAGGAGGAGGAUAAAAAGGACGAAGAGGAAGAUAUCAUGGUCGAAGAGGAAAAUGAGGACAUAAUAGAGGAGGAAGAUGAGAUGGCGAUGGAAGAGGAGCAGGAGGAGGAGCUGAAAGCUCAGCUGGUGGUGAGAUCUGAAAAGGAGAGACUUUCUGACACAAGUCCUGUAGAAGAAGAGGAGGAUUCUUCUUCACAAGCUGAAGAUACAUGAGUUCUGCUCCUGUAUCCCCCUCCUCACUUGCACACAUUAUCUUGUUAUUCCUUUCAAUGGCCAAACCAAGAACAAAUAAGACUGCAAAUGACAAUACAGACCUUUAAAUAUAUUUUUCAAAAAGGGAAUAAAUAAAAUAUUACAAAAAAAAAAAACACUUAAAGAGAAGUUAAUUACACAGCAACUGUAGAUUUGGAGUGGCGACAAGUCCAUCGGCUGAUUUCACGAUGAACUUAAGACCGAGCGGAAUUUAGGAGAGCAUUAACGGUGGUCAACUGAGGACAGCGUAGCACGCGGGGACUGAAAUGCACACACACAAACACACAGGAAGUGACUCACAAACACAUUGGGAUGAAGAGGUGGAGUGAGUCGUGUUGAACGCACAACUACAUCGGUCAUGCCGGACGGUACGGGUGCAGUCCAUAUGUAUCCCUCUUUGAAUGUGUGUUUGUAUGAGUGCAUUAACACGAGGGACACAGAUCAGUAAUGAGUCUCUUUGGAAAAAGCCAUCUCUUAAUGAAGUAUUAACUAGUGUUCAGUCAGUUUUAGUCGUUCAUGUUCUUUAGGAUCUCAACAGAAACUGUUCUCCUCAGAAAAGCUACGUCUGAAUGACUUCUUUUUUUUUCCAUUUCUGUCGGAAAGAAAAAUCCGAAAAUUGCAGAGUUUUGAGGAGAGAGAGGAUGAAAACUGAAAACCGAAGGCGAGGAAGAUGCUGCGAUGAAGGGGCCGCCGGGUCCCGUACCCCUUUUCCCUUUACGAGGAGAGUGCUACUGGUGCAAGAUGGCUCUGUGCCUUUCUGAAACACCAGCUUCCUUGAAUGGAGCUGUCGUGAAGCAAUGCAUUGUGGGACAGGAGUGUCUGAUUUUGUUAUCAUUCUCUUUUUUUUCGAUUGUCUCUUGUUGAAGCUCUCUCUCUCUCUCUCUUUAUUGUUCAUGGUAUUGUGGUGUGUAUCUCACACGUACAGUUUCUGUGGUGAUAUGUUUUGAAGCUGUAAGUCUUCCUUUGUUUGCUCUUUCUGGUAAUAUAAUAACUCAGAACUCUAGAUGCAGAGCAAUCACUACCACCUCCACAACCACCUGUGGACUCUUUUCAGCUUAUGGUUCUUUCUUAUUACAGUGAUUUCUUUUCUUUAUUUUACUUUUUUCGAGAAUAAGCCAUGAGAUGCUUUGAAGCAUAAGUUCCGCCUUUUUUCUAUUUAACCGUUGCUAAAUACGUUGAAGGGAUACAGAAUUAUUUCAUUAUCAGGAGGUUAGGUUUUCACUCGCCAUCCCUCGCACCCACUUGCACUGUUGUUUGUUUGCGUCUCCUCAUACUCGGCAACUCUCACCAAAGUGACGGCUUUUUAAAAAGAACUUACAGCGGCUGAAGUGAUUUGAAGGAAUAAAAGACUUUGAGAAUAUAAAAAUCAGGGAGGUAGAAUGUCAGGGAAAGAAAAGGAAAAGUGGCAGUCCCUAAUCAUCGUUGUUAUGUUAGAUGCUUUUGCCUUAAUGUGAGCUGCAGGAUACAUACCUGCCCAGUAUGUAGAUUUAUAAGAUAUAUAAUAGAUAUCCUAGUAUAUUUAUAUCACGUCUGUAUGCUUAUUUCUGUGAGUAUCAGUGUAUCUAUACACAAUGUAUGCAGCAUUGCAUUUGGAGGGUUUGAGGGGGAACAUUGCUGCCAAUUUAGUCGUUAUGUUGUUAACUGUGUUUGGAUCAACAUAAAGAAUGUGUUGUUAUGACUUUUUUUUUUUUUUUUUCCAAAAUCUGGAUGACGAUCUUUAAGCUUACCUGCCGGGCAUGCAGAGGGAAAUGACGAAGUGUGGUUAAGACUUCAUGAGCGGAGAGAAUGAAUAUGAUCAGGUGUUGAUUUGCUGACAUGACCGAGUCAGUGGUUGUGUGUGUGUGUGUGUGUGUGUUGUGUGUGUGUUGAGGAUGAUUGUGUCGUCAUGACUUACAGCCGACUCACACAUGGCCUGAUGCUUGUUGCUAGCUGCGGUGUCGCUACCCCAUCCGUACCGGAAACCUGAGUUGAUCUACACUAUAUGGUAGUUGAACGCCUGACCAUUACACCAACAGGGACUGUAAUGACCUGGCUUAGAUUUUAGCGGAAGUUGUGAGUGACUCUCUGGGCAUACAGUCCAUUGUUUUGACAGGAAGUAGCCUAUUUCAACAGGAAUUAGCUUGUACUUGUACUUCGAACCUUGUGUUUUUGGACGGAUUGGGUAGCGACAGGCAGCUAUUGGAGGUUGGCAGAGCAGUGUCUGUCAUAGCUGACUGCGUAGCAAGAGUUGCUAAUGUUGCUAAAGAAGCUGGUGAUGUCCGCCAUUUUGUGAUCGUUUCGUACGACAAAAAACAGCCUUGAGCCUGAGAGCUACGUUUGGGCUGUGUCGUGUUUGUGCAGGCAGUGUUGGCAAUAUUUUUUCAAAAAGAAUUGACUGGCAAACUUCAGCUGUACACAAGGGGCACAAGCAGUGUGGCAAUGUCCAACUCCGCUCUAUUCGGCGUGAAUGAGGGGUGUUUGAGUUGACGCCAUCCGGCGCGUGAGUGUGAGUUGGCCGUUAGGGAGCGAGUAAGAGGUGGCGGGACGCUGAAGGAUGUCGUCACAUGUGUGUGUCGUGUACGUUCGCUCACUGGCAUCAGCGCAUCUCGUCAAAUGAUGGUGUUUCCGAUCAGCACAGCUUCAGUAGGUUUGUUUAGGUGUUUGUUUUAUCACAGGGUAUAAAAAAUAUUAAAUAAAAGAACAUGAGUGUGGCUCUUUUGUCGAGCAAGUUCCUGCAGGUCAGUAACUGAGCCUCUGUGAAGACGCCACAGCUCGGUGCAACAGGAGCCUGUGUGUUUGACCUGCUCUGUCACAGGAUGGAGCAGAGCUGCGGGGCCACCACACAGGCUUCCAACAUGGUGGAAUGGGAAUCCAGGACUAUUCUUGCAAUUUUCCUAAAUAAAAGAUUCCCAUAUGCAUCGGCCUUUUACUUUGAUGUUGCUUUGUUUUUGUGGCUUCUUGUUCUGUCAUAAGCUAUAAGGAUUUUAAUAUUUGAUUGCCAUACAAACACGAUACUGUAGCAAUUAUUUCUUAUUAAGAAAAAAAAGAUUAUUCAAUUGAUUAAUUGCUGCCAUUUCUUUUUAAAUGAUAAAAAAAAGAAAACCAUGGGAAGUGUUUUCUUUGAACAGUGUGUGUACAGUUUAUUUUUAUAUCAUUCUGGUGGACGGUCUAGAAAAUGAAUCAUGUGUUGAUGAUAUAGCUAUAAGCGUUACAUCUUUUGUAUAUAAUGUAAUAUUGGAUUGUAAAUUAUAAAUCAGAGUCGUAAUGAUUGACGAAUGAUCACUUGAGGUCGCUAACUGAACCAUUGAAGCACUGCAGGCCACAUCCUCACUUUUUUUCACAAUUCAUUAUAUUUGUUGCUCACUUGUGUUAACAUUUCUGUCACUUGUUUUAAAUUGUUAUAACUGCAUCUAUUUGUACCAGCACUUUAUUUCGUCAGGUUUUGAGGCAAAUGGGCGUGUUUUCAGGUCGUGAACAGUCUGUGAUGGUGAUUUUGUUCAUCGGCGAUCACUUGUUGUUUAAAUAAAAUCAGAAACUCUCA